CGCCACUUUCGAAUUCGGCCUUUUCGGCCGUCUCGCCCUGCGUUCGCCUCCUGAUCCCGCGUGGAUCUUUUUAAUCUUUUCCUUGGAUCUAAACUUGCCCUUCCCCUCCUUCAAUUUAUUCUUAUCGCAUGCCUUCCCUUGUGUCUUCUUCGAUUUCUCUCCCUACAGCUUGAUCGCGCUUGCUGCAUUCACGCUCUUCGUCAGCUUGUCGACCUCCCUUUUGUCCCUGAAUUCAUCUGCUUCGUGACCGACCCUCAGUCUAUCACCAAACUCUCCUUUGUAGUGGCUUCAUUUCAUUCCAACCGGCCCAGCAGUGGCACCCAAUUCCUCUAAAUCAUCCCUCAUGGCCGUCAACGUCUCGGUCGCCUUCGACCUCCCUCCACUUCCAACCUACACCCUCUCCGUGCGCGAACCGCUACUUCCGCCAGUUCCCGAUAACGUUGUCGCGCUGAUAUUGCCUAUCAUCGCCUAUUGGGGCCUGUCCAUGGUCUAUCACUUCAUCGAUGUCAACGGAUACUUCGAGCAAUAUCGUCUCCAUACCCCUGCCGAAGUCCUCAAGCGAAACAAAGUCACUCGAUGGGAAGUAGUACGCGACGUGAUCCUUCAACAGGUCAUUCAGACCAUUGCCGGAUACGGAAUGUCAUAUUUCGAUGCAACGGAGACGGUGGGCCGUGAGGAGUACGAUGUAGCCGUGUGGGCAACGCGUCUUCGACUUCUCCAGAGAGCUAUUCCCCCAGCAUUGGGUCUCGUUGGCGUCGACGCAGCGGGCCUUGCCAAGUCCAUGUCCCAGUCCGGACACACGAUGCUCGCUGGCGCGCUGGCUGGCGGCUCCUACCCCGGUGUGGUACAAUCUCUGAUUCUAGAAAGUGGAGCAGAGGUUGUCGCGCCCGCGUUCGCCAGGUGGGAAGUGGCGGUGGCUAGCUUCAUCUACUGGUACUUUGUUCCGGCCCUUCAGUUCUUGCUCGCCAUCUCUAUUGUUGAUACUUGGCAAUACUUCCUGCACCGGGCUAUGCACCUGAACCGCUGGUUAUAUGUGACGUUCCACUCUCGUCACCAUCGUCUCUACGUUCCCUACGCUUUCGGUGCUCUCUACAAUCACCCCGUUGAGGGUUUCCUUUUGGAUACCGCUGGUACGGGCAUUGGCUUCCUGGUUUCCGGUAUGACCAACCGCCAGGCCAUGUGGUUCUUCACCUGCUCGACCAUCAAGACCGUCGACGACCACUGCGGAUACGCCUUCCCCUGGGAUCCUUUGCAGCACUUCACCUCCAACAAUGCCGCUUAUCACGAUAUUCACCAUCAAAGCUGGGGCAUCAAGACGAACUUCUCCCAACCCUUCUUCAUCUUCUGGGACCGCCUCCUCAACACCCAGUGGAAGGGUGAGGUUAAGCUUCGCUACGAGCGGGCCCGAGAGAGCGCCCAAAAACAGGUGGACAUGGAUGCUGCCCAGGCCAAGGCCGCAGCGCCAGCUGUGCCCGUCAUUGAACAGCGUGAACAUGAGAGAGUCGUUGUCUCUCCCGAGGGCCCAGCAACCCGGACCCGCCUCCGACGAAAGACCGUGGACAGUCUCAAAGGCCCCAGUCACGCUGUUCCCGGCAGUGUACUUCACAACUGAGGUGCCUCUUUGAUGAGUCUUUGAAAAAAACGUGCCAACUGUCUUUGCAUUGCAUUCCUUCGUCAGCCUCCCGAGUUGCGGGUCAUCUCCCUGGGGCUGCUAUGAGGCUUCUUUUGAUUGCUUCUUGUAAAUGGGAUCUUUGGUCCCGUGUAUUAAUAAUUUUGAGAAUGCGCCAGUCAUUUUUUCUGUACAUGGUUCUCUCUACGACUUUUCUCAGGUUACUGUCAAUAAUGUCUAUCUUUCUCUCUGCUACACAUUUCACGCUCGGAUACUAUAGAAAGAAUCAAAUUAAUGGCACUGCCUACACCUGCUAUAAUGGGAACGGUCAAGAAGAACGCUUACCCAGUGGUUGAGCCAAUCACGUA